GAUCUAUUUUCCGGGAUCAGUCAACGCCCCCCCCCCUCCUGCAGCUGUUUGGAUGUUGGUGCGGUUGGACACCGACCCAGUGUGAGUCAGGACCCAGUCUGAGCUGCCUGCCUCCCGCACACCGCUCCACAGCCUCACGGGGACGAGUAUUGAGUUCAGAUCAUGUCUAAGAAAGGAGGAAACCGCGGCCCGGAGGUCGAAGGGAUGGUGGAGGCCUCCAUCAUCCGGAUCCCGCCCCACCACUACAUCCACGUGUUGGACCAGAACACCAACAUCGCCCGGGUGGAGAUCGGACCGCUCACGUACAUCCGCCAGGACAAUGAACGGGUUCUGUUUUUACCCGUCCGUAUGGUCAUGGUGCCGCCGCGCCACUACUGCGUGGUCCUGAACCCGGUGGCCCGCGACGAUGAUAAGCAGGUCCUCUUCGACCAGUCGGGUCAGGCCAAGCUCCGCCACGCCGACCUUGAGAUCCGUCUGACCCAGGACCCGUUCCCCCUGUACCCCGGGGAGGAGAUCCAGCAGGACGUGACUCCGCUGCAGAUCGUGUAUCCGGACACGGCACUGCGUCUGCAGGCUCUGCUGGACUUCGAUGAGCGGGGAGGAGAGAAGAGAGUCGCUGGAGACGAGUGGCUGUUUGAAGGACCAGGGACGUACAUCCCCAGGAAGGAGGUGGCGGUGCUGGAGACCAUUAAGGCCACGGUGAUCAGAGAGAACCAGGCCAUCAGACUGAGAGCACGCAAAGAGGGAGUGGACAGAGGAGGCGUCCGCAGAGUCACAGGUGAGGAGUGGCUGGUGAGGAAGGUGGGAGCGUACCUUCCAGGAGCUCACGAGGAGGUCAUCGACAUUGUAAAUGCUUUCAUCCUGACUGACAAGAAAGCGCUUCAUGUCCGCGCCGUGCGGGCCUUCAAGGACGCCGGCGGGCGGGACCGGCGUACGGGCGAGGAGUGGCUCGUCACCAUGGCCGACAGGGAGGCCCACAUCCCCUCUGUGUCGGAGGAGGUGGUCGGGGUGGUGAAUGUGACCACUCUGAGCAGCAGGCAGUACUGUGUGGUCCUGGACCCGGUCGGACCCGACGGGAAACCUCAGCUGGGGCAGAAGAGGGUGGUGAAGGGCGAGCGCUCAUUUUUCCUGCAGCCGGGUGAGCACCUUGAACAGGGCAUCCAGGACGUGUACGUGCUGUCGGAGGAGGAGGGUCUGGUGCUGAGAGCUGUGGAGGCCUUCAACGACACCGAGGAGCGUGAGGAGGAAGAGGAAGAGGCGGAAGAGGAGGAGCUGAUGCAGGAGAGGGCGAAGCGCUCGCGUAGGAGCGGCGUCCUCCGUCGCCCCGGAGAUCGCUGGAUGCUGCGCGGUCCCAUCGAAUACGUCCCCCCCGCCACCGUAGAGGUGAUGCUGAGACGACAGGCGAUCCCGCUGGACGAGAACGAGGGAAUCUACGUCAGAGACAUCAAAACUGGAAAGGUGCGAGCGGUGAUCGGUCACACCUACAUGCUGACUCAGGACGAGGAGCUGUGGCAGAAGGAGCUUCCACGUAACGUCGAGGCUCUGCUGGCUUCUCGUCUGGACCCGCUGGCCGACCGCUCGGACCGCACCGCAACCGAGGGGGUCGGGCCGAGGGACAAGACCAAGGUGGUCUCCUACAGGGUGCCCCACAACGCUGCCGUCCAGGUCUACGACUACAGGGAGAAGAAGGCCAGGGUGGUGUUCGGACCAGAGAUGGUGAUGCUGGGACCCGACGAGCAGUUCACCGUGCUGUCGCUGUCCGGAGACAAACCGAAGAGGGCCAACGUGAUCAAGGCCGUCUGCCUCCUGCUGGGACCGGACUUCUUCACCGACAUCAUCACCAUCGAGACGGCGGACCACGCCCGCCUGCAGCUGCAGCUCUCCUACAACUGGCACUUUGAUAUGAAGUCUCCAGCCGACCGCGCCGAGGCAGCAGCUCUGUUCUCAGUCCCGGACUUUGUCGGAGACGCCUGUAAAGCCAUCGCCUCGCGGGUCAGAGGAGCCGUCGCCUCCGUGCAGUUUGACGAUUUCCACAAGAACUCGAACCGGAUCAUCUGCUCGGCGGUGUUCGGCUUCGAUGAGAAGCUGGCGGUUCGUCCCAGCCUUCGCUUCAGCCAGAACAACCUGGUGAUCAGCAGUGUGGACAUCCAGUCUGUGGAGCCCGUCGACCAGCGCACACGAGACGCCCUGCAGAAGAGCGUCCAGCUCGCCAUCGAGAUUACCACCAACUCCCAGGAGGCCACUGCACGCCACGAGGCGGAGCGUCUGGAGCAGGAGGCUCGGGGAAAGCUGGAGAGGCAGAGGAUCACCGACCAGGCCCAGGCUGAGAGAGCCAGGAAGGAGCUGCUGGAGCUGGAGGCGCUCAGCGCUGCGGUGGAGAGCACAGGAGCCGCCAAGGCUGAGGCUCAGUCUCGGGCGGAGGCGGCUCGUAUUCAGGGAGAGGCGGCGGUCAACGAGGCCAAACUGAAGGCUGAAGCUCAGAGGAUCGAGGCGGAGGCGGAGCUCCAGCGCCUGGCGAAGGCUCGCGAGCAGGAGCUGAGCUAUAAGAAGCAGAUGGACAAUCUGGAGGUGGAGAAGCAGAAACAUCUGGCUCAUAUCGAGAGCGAGCGCUUCAGUCAGCUGGUGCAGAGUCUGGGCAGCGACACGCUGAAGGAGAUCGCCAGAGCCGGACCCGAGCUGCAGGUGAAAAUGCUCCAGGCUCUGGGGCUGAAGUCCACCCUCAUCACAGACGGAACGUCACCCAUCAACCUCUUCACCACAGCCAACGGCCUGCUGGGGGCGCUGCCGGGCCAGGGUCAGGGCCAGUGAGGAGGAAGAGGAGGAGGAAGUGUCCAAAAGUAAACUUCAACAGAAGCUCAUUUUACUGACAAACAGUCACUUUAGUGUUUCUGUCGGCCGAUAUUAAAGCAAGAUAAUGUGCCUUUUGUAAGAUUUAAAGAUGCACUUAAUGGGUUUGUUAAAGCGCCUCCAACAUUUCCUCCCAGACUUCUGUAAAUGGUUUAAAACACCACUAUAUAGCUCUGUAACAAAAGCAGGCAGUGCAUCUUUAAAAUUAAUGUUUUUGUAACUUUGAAGUAAAAACUGGAACCAGGAACCAGACUGGAACCAGGUUUUAUGACCACAGAAUUUACACGACAUCAAUUCAAAAACUAAAAAUCUACUUUGAAACUCUCCUGUUGAAUCCUCAAAACUAAAGAUUAACAACUGUGUGAGAAAAUAUCAGAUUCUGUGAUAAAGAGUCAAAAGCCUCUGAACAUAAGAACUGAAGGAAAGAAACCGAACUACGACUCCCAGGAUGCAUUUCACUAACAAACAUCCAAUUGAAAGAGGAUUUUACGACCGAUUGUGGGUCAGCUUUGGAUGAAAUCAGUAACCAUGGCGACGAGGUUUGUUCACAACUGCAACAAAAUCACUGAGUCACACUUCUGAUUGUGUCCUUCUCCAUGGCAACAGCAACUGAGGCUCAUGGGUAUUGUAGUAUUUAGAGCCGCCCACAAAACUGACAGAAACAAAGUUAAAAUAAUUCAAACUUAAAAUAUCGUUAUUUUAUUCUUUCUGUGGAGGAUAAGAAAAUAGUUCCUAAGCCCUGCCCCUUUUUGUUCUGUGCUCCAAUAACA